AUGGGGCUAGGGGUGAAGGACCCCCAGCAGCGCCAGAAGGACCCGCCGUUCCACGUGCCCCCGGGUCCCCUGGACCGGGCAGUGCCCAUGCUGGCCUUGGGGCAGGAGGACAGAGCAAGGGGUGAUGGGCAGGUGGCUAUGGAUUGCCCUACAGCACUGGUAAGCUGCCCUACGGAGUCGGAGCACAGGCGGCAGCAGCGAAAGCAGCAGCGAAAUAUGGAGCCGGUGUCCUGCCCGGGGCUGGUGCCAUCCCGGGAGUUGGCGGAUUGGUACCCGGCGUCGGUGUUGUCCCAGGAGCCGGAGUUGGAGGGCCGGCAGCGGCGGCAGCGGCAGCGGCAGCGGCGAAGGCAGCGGCGAAGGCAGGAGCUUUCGGUCCAGGGGUGUUGCCCGGGGUUGGCGGCGUCCCAGGCCUCGUGCCCGGCGUUGGCGGUGUCCCCGGCUUGGUGCCCGGUGUCGGAGGUGUCCCCGGGGUGGCAGGAGUCGGGACGCCGGCAGCAGCGGCAGCAGCAAAGGCAGCUAAGUUCGGAGCUGGUGUCGGCGUUCCCGGCAUUGGCGGUGUUCCUGGUGUCCCCGGUGUCCCCGGUGUCCCCGGCGUGCCCGGCGUGGCUGGGGUUCCUGGCGUGGUGCCCGGCAUUGGAGUGGGUGGCCCAGAAGCCGCAGCGGCCGCGGCGAAGGCUGCAGCGAAAGCCGCAGCGUACGGAGCAGGGCGCGUGCCCGGUGUCGGCGUGCCCGGUGUCGGCGUGCCCGGUGUUGGCGUGCCCGGUGUUGGCGUGCCUGGUGUUGGUGUGCCUGGAGUUGGCGUGCCCGGUGUCGGCGUGCCCGGUCUGGUGCCCGGAGGCAUACCAGGAGUCGGAGGUCCAGCGGCCGCCGCUGCUGCCAAAGCAGCCGCCAAAGCAGCCAAGUACGGUGGCUUGGUUCCUGGAGUGGGUGGCCUGGUCCCCGGCGUUGGAGGUGUCCCAGGUGAGGAGGAGGAAGGCGGGUGGUGGUGGCAGCCUGGCUGGGGUUGGAGGUCCGGCCGCAGCAGCAAAAGCAGCAGCGAAGGCAGCCAAAUUUGGGGUUGGAGGUCCGGCCGCAGCAGCAAAAGCAGCAGCGAAGGCAGCCAAAUUUGGUGAGUCGCUGGAGAAGCCCAUCGCUCAUGGCUCAGCCCACAGCAGGCAGCCCUACCCACCCGGUGCCGGUGUCGGAGGGGUGCCAGGUGGGGUGCCCGGUGUUGCCGGAGUGCCAGGAGUGACGCCCGGUGUCGGCGUCGUGCCCGGGUUGGUGCCGGGUGUGGGGAUACCUGGUACCGGCAUCCUCCCCGGAGCAGGCAUCCCCCAAAUAGGGGUGCAGCCUGGUGCUAAACCUCCCAAAUUCGGUGUUCCCGGGGCUGGAGUCCCAGGGGUCGGUGGCAUCCCAGGUUUUGGUGUUGGGGGUCUGCAGCCAGGGAAGCCCCCCAAGGCCUUCGGAGGAGCCCUCGGUGCCCUGGGCUUUAGAGGGACCGACCUGCCGGUGUGUGCGAGCUGCGGGCAGGGCAUCUACGAUGGGCAGUACCUGCAGGCGCUGAACGCCGACUGGCACGCCGACUGCUUCCGGUGCUGCGAGUGUGGGGCCUCCCUGUCCCACCAGUACUACGAGAAGGAUGGGCGCCUGUACUGCAAGAAGGAUUACUGGGCGCGCUUUGGGGAGCUCUGCCACGGCUGCUCCGAGCAGAUCACCAAGGGGCUGGUCAUGGUGGCUGGGGAGCAGAAGUACCACCCCGAGUGCUUCAGCUGCCUCAACUGCCGCACAUUCAUCGGGGAUGGGGACACCUACGCACUGGUGGAGCGCUCCAAGCUCUACUUUGGGCACUGCUAUUACCAGAUGGUGGUGACACCGGUCAUCGAGCAGAUCCUGCCGGAUUCGCCGGCUUCCCGCAUCCCGCACACCGUCACGCUCGUCUCCAUCCCCGCCUGCUCCGACGGCAAACGCGGCUUCUCUGUCUCCAUCGACCAAGGCUGCGGCACCGAGCACCCCCGCACCGUCCGCGUCCGAGAGGUGGAUCCGGACUGCAUCAGCCCUGACAUGAAGAACUCCAUCCACGUGGGCGACCGCAUUCUGGAGAUCAACGGCACCCCCAUUGGCCACGUCCCCCUGGAUGAGUGCAGCCCCCUGCACUCCCCGGCCCCCCUGCCCUGCGGGGAGCCCGGCACCAUGCGCCAGCGGACUGUCACGAGGAGCUGCAGCACGGACAAGUCUCCGGGCUCCAGCUUGGUGGGCUCGCCCGCAUCCCAACGCAAGGACAUCGGUCGCUCCGAAUCAUUGCGCGUCGUCUCCCGCGCCCAUCGCAUCUUCCGCCCCUCUGACCUGAUCCACGGCGAGGUGCUGGGCAAGGGCUGCUUCGGCCAGGCCAUCAAGGUGACGCAUCGGGAGACGGGCGAGGUGAUGGUCAUGAAGGAGCUGAUCCGCUUCGAUGAGGAGACGCAGAGGACCUUCCUCAAAGAGGUGAAGGUGAUGCGCUGCCUGGAGCACCCCAACGUGCUGAAGUUCAUCGGGGUGCUGUACAAGGAGAAGAGGCUCAACUUCAUCACGGAGUACAUCAAGGGGGGCACCUUGAGGGGCCUCAUCAAGAGCAUGGACAGCCACUACCCCUGGGGCCAGCGGGUCAGCUCCGCCAAGGACAUUGCCGCCGGCAUGGUGGCCCUCCACUCCAUGAACAUCAUCCACCGUGACCUCAACUCUCACAACUGCCUUGUGCGGGAGAACAAGAGCGUGGUGGUGGCCGAUUUUGGGCUGGCACGACUGAUGGUGGACGAGAAGAACCAGCCCGAACAUCUCAAGAACCUGAAGAAACCGGACCGCAAGAAGCGGUACACGGUGGUGGGGAACCCGUACUGGAUGGCCCCCGAGAUGAUCAAUGGGAGGAGCUACGAUGAGAAGGUGGACAUCUUCUCUUUCGGCAUCGUCCUGUGCGAGAUCAUCGGCCGGGUGAGCGCUGACCCCGACUACCUGCCCCGCACCACCGACUUCGGCCUCAACGUCAGGGGCUUCCUGGACCGCUACUGCCCCCCCACCUGCCCCCCCAGCUUCUUCCCCAUCGCCGUCUGCUGCUGCGACCUGGACCCCGAGAAGCGGUGA